AUGGACGGCCCCCGAAAUCGAAAGCAGCGCCGUGCUGCGGCUGCUGAGUCCGACCCCACCGACUCUGACAUUCCUCUCUCCCUCCCCUCACGCGACGAUCCGUCCACAAAACCCAAAGAGCAUAAAACACUCUAUGACAUUAUCGAAGAACGUCAAAAUGAGCUACUUGGCAAAUCAGCCGGGCUCAAGGCUACACCGUCAUUGAAUAGAGAAACGAAGCAGUCCACCAAAUCGUCGGGGGCACGUUACGUGACAGUGGACGCGUCUGGAGCUCUUGUGGAAACCGAUCGUGAUGUCAAUAGCGAGAUUUCAAGGAGCUUCAGUGAACAAAAGAGCCCUUCCAGCAAAGAUGUCAAACCAAAGAUCAAGAGAGACGAAGAAGACAAAAAAGAUGACGACUCUGUGGUGGACGAACCCCUCCCACCCUUCCUCGAUACCGUGUUGCUCUCAAUCCCCCUCACAACCCUCCACCUCACCCUCGCCUACCUCGCUUCUUACAUGUACGCUGAAUCUACGGAUGUGUCACAGCUGGUGAAAGAGGCUGUUAUUAAAACAUUGCCGUUACUCACAUUUCUCGUUCACUUCGUCCACGGCCACAUCGUCACCCUUCGACUUCCGCGAUGGAGCUUUUUGAAUCCGCAGCCUGUUUCCCUCAUCCCAUUCACACGCGAAAAAUUGAGUCUGACAUUUUUACGACGCUUGUUACUACCUCCGACUCUUCGCACUGUCGUCUAUCUACCUGUCGCAGUGAUGCUGGGUAUGCACCUUAUUACAAUUACAAACGAAGAUCCCUACUGGGGAGUGAUGAAGAAGGCACCUGCAUAUGGAACGGUGUGGAUCUGGUGCAUUCUUGAAAUGUCCUUUGGGCCAGCGGUCCUAGGAUCUUUGGGACCGUUGAUCUGGGGCGUUUGGUGGAUGGGCUACGGCAUUGUCUGA